AUGGAUACAGCUACUUUGUCUGCCAACUUAGGAUCCAUUCCAACUCUUACGGGUUCUAAUUUUUCCGAAUGGAAAAAUAAAGUUAAGAUUGUUCUGGGGUGUAUGGAUCUCGACCUUGCGCUAAGGAUGGACAAACCUGCUUGUCCUAUGGAUGACAACACUCAAGAAUAUAAAGCUGUUCAUGAGAAGUGGGAGCGUUCAAAUCGCAUGGGUUUGAUGAUCGUUAAGGACACCAUUCCAGAAACCUUUAGAGGUGGUGAGGAGAUCAAUGAUCUCAAACAGUUCCUUGCCGAGAUGGAUUCGCGCUUGCAAGAAGCGAUAAGGCGGAAAUAA